GUCAGUCAGCCACGCCCACACAGAACGGCGACAGGUAGAAGACUGUUGUUGAUCAGGUGUAGGUACAACCAUCACAACUGUGCUGAGUGCUAACGUACAACCAUCACUGCAGCUACUGUGCUGGAUGCUAAAAAACCACAAAGUGACAUCGAUCAGAUUUUACCACCAAAAAUGACGUCAUUAACCAGCCUCGUUGUGGUCAUGAGUAUGCUGGCAGUUCCAGUAACUUCUGACUGUUCGUCUGGAAUACAGAACUGUUUGAACAUUUUGAUGGACAAUGUGGGACAACACGGUGAAGACAGCUCGGCUUUGUGUCAUGAUUUUAACGUGUAUGUCAAAUGUGUGCUGGACGUCUGUCAUCUGACAGAAGCCCAGGCCUCAACUGUAAUCAACAAAGCUGAAGAGCAAAUGGCUGCCAAAGGUUUAAAUUGUAAAGUAGACCUGUCAAAGUUAAAUACAAGUGACAUCCAAACGACGGCGGCACCUCACACACCAACUACGUGUACCGAUGCUGCCAUGGUGUGCACCAAGACCUACAUCAACAAUGUCUUCCUACAAGCAAGUUCCAGCACAUUCCAGAUCUGUCCCUUGGUCAACCAGUACGUGCACUGCCUGGUGUACUCACCAUGUGACCUGAGCAGCAUCAAAGACAUGCUGAAAGUAAAGGUUGAGGCCGAACUUUCAAAGCAAGGAAUUUACUGCGACAUUAAGGACCCCCUGUAUGGCCGUGAAAUAACAACAACGGAGCCAUCCUAUACACCAAAAAGUUUGUACCCUGAUCGUUCAUUCGGUGAUCACCAGUACUAUAAAGACAGCCAAUGGGGCCGAAAUUCCGCUCCGUCCUGGAAGUCCCAGCUGACUUUUGUGUUCACGCUGAUAUUGACCUUGACCUUGGUUUGAUAUUGACCUUCACCUUGGUGUGACCUAGUUUUUAAACUAUCUUCCUGUCCAAUGACAUCUCAUUAAAGCUUUGGUUUUUUUUUUUAGAUUAAAUUUUUUGAACUUCUGGCC